AUGUCUACCAGUGGCUUAAAGGCGAUUGCGCCGGUGCCCAAAGCAUCGGACUUCCUCGACAUCGUCCUUUCGAAAACACAGCGGAAGACUCCAACAGUCAUCCAUAAAAAUUUUAAGAUCAGCCGGAUCCGCAACUUUUAUAUGCGCAAAGUGAAGUUCACUCAGGAUUCGUUCGACGAGAAGCUUGGAUCCAUUCUGGAAGAGUUCCCUAUCAUUGAUGAUCUACACCCCUUCCUCUCCUCUCUCCUCAACGUCUUGUACGACAAGAACCACUACAAGCUUGCACUCGGUCAACUCCGCACUGCCCGGCACCUCAUUGACCACGUCGCUAAGGACUAUGUCCGCCUCCUCAAGUUCGGCGACAGUCUCUACCGAUGCAAGCAGCUCAAGCGCGCCGCGCUCGGUCGCAUGGCCACCAUCAUGAGGCGCCAGAACGAGGCCCUCGAGUUCCUCGAAGAGGUCCGCAAACACAUCUCCCGUCUCCCCGCGAUCGACCCCACCGCGCGCACCCUCCUCAUCUGCGGCUACCCGAACGUCGGCAAGUCGUCCUUCCUCAACAAGGUCACCCGCGCGGACGUCGACGUCCAGCCGUACGCCUUCACCACCAAGUCGCUCUUCGUCGGCCACCUCGACUACCGCUACAUGCGCUGGCAGGUCAUCGACACCCCCGGCAUCCUCGACCACCCGCUCGAGGAGAUGAACAACAUCGAGAUGCAGAGCAUCACCGCGCUCGCGCACCUCAAGGCGUGCGUGCUCUACUUCAUGGACCUCUCCGAGCAGUGCGGGUACUCGGUCGAGGCGCAGUGUCAGCUCUUCCACGCCAUCAAGCCCCUCUUCGCGAACAAGCCCACCGUGCUCGUCAUCAACAAGAUCGACGUCGCCCGCCUCGACGACCUCGCGCCCGAGCGGCGCGCGCUCGUCGACGAGAUCAUCAACGCGGAAGGCAUGCGCCACGUCCAGGUCUCGUGCUACACCGACGACGGCGUCACGACGCUGAAGACGGCCGCGUGCGACGCGCUCCUCGAGCACCGGGUCGACGCGAAGCUCAAGGGCAACAAGGUCGAUAGCAUCCUCAACCGCUUGCACGUCGCGCAGCCCAAGGCCCGCGACGAUGUCGUGCGCGCGCCGUUCAUCCCUGACGCGAUCAAGGACCGGAAGGCGUACGACAAGGAAGACCCGAACCGCAGGAGACUGGAGCGCGACAUCGAGCUGGAGGAGGGCGGUGCGGGCGUGUACAACAUCAACAUGAAGAAGAACUACUUGCUGGAGGACGAGGCGUGGAAGAACGACGUCAUGCCGGAGAUCUUCGACGGCAAGAACGUCGCCGACUUCAUCGACCCCGACAUCCUCGAGAAGCUGGACGCGCUCGAGCGGGAGGAGGAGAAGCUCGCGGCGGACGGGUUCUACGACGACGAGUCGGACAUGUUCGACUCGGACGACGAGCGCGAUGCGGCCGCGAUGAAGUACUCGCGCGAGAAGAAGGUCAUCUCGCAGAGCACGAAGAUGGCGAUGAAGAACCGCGCCGCUCUUCCGCGCACCGCCGGCCUCCGCACCCUCACCGAGCUCACGUCCGAGAUGACCAAGGCCGGGCUCGACCCGAGCCGGAUCCAGGAGCGUGCGGAGAUACUCGCAAAGGUCGCAGGCGCGAAGCGCAAGCGGAUGCGCGAGGAGGAGGAGGCCGAGAUGGACGUCGACGAGGACGCGGACGGCAGCGAGGACGGCGAGGGCGCGUGGAUGGACGUCGACGGGGAGGCAGCGCCGACGCUCAAGAGGACGAAGGCGAACUCAGGCGCGGCGGUCGCGGAGAAGCGCAGGCAGCCGCGGUCAAAUCGGCAGCUCGCAGGCCUGCGCGACGAGGAGCAAGCAUCAAAAGCCAACAAGCUGCGCAACCUCGGGCAGAGAGGGCGCAACAUGCAGGCGCGCGCGGGCGAGGCCGACCGCGCGAUCAAGACCAAAAUGCCAAAGCAUCUCUUCGCGGGGAAGCGGAAGAUGGGCAAGACGGACCGUCGGUGA